AUGGACAUCCAAAAUAUUUCACCUAACAGCGAAGUUGUUGACGGCGGCAUACCACCUAGCCGCGGCGGCAGGUCAUCUAGCCGCGACGACGGCCAUCGGCGCCGCGACAGCAUGUCAUAUAGCCACGACGACGGCCAUCGGCGCCUCGACAGCAGGUCAUCUAGCCGCGACAGCAGAUCAUCUAGCCGCGACGACGGCCAUCGGCGCCGCGACGGCAGGUCAUAUAGCCGCGACAACGGCCAUCGGCGCCGCGACUACGGCAGCAGGAGGUCGCCGUCAAACACCAACACUUCCCCAAGUCGGCGCAGCAUGUCACCGGUGUCAUCCGGCCACCCCGUUGCAAGGGGUGGCCGUGGUGGCAAGGCAAAUCGACCAGGACGCGGUUGGUCUGGCGCAAGCAAAAAUCCAAACAUGCAAAUGGUGAGAUUUAAUUUAUUGUAA